AUGGCGCUGCGCGGCUGCCUGCGGGCCGGGCGGGGGCUGCUGCGCGCCGCGGGGCCGCGAGGGCCGCCCGCCCGCCGGGGCUGCGCUGGGGGCCGGCCGCCGGCCUUCGGGUUCCUCUUCGACGUCGACGGGGUGCUGGUGCGGGGCAGCCAGGCGGUGCCCGCCGCCCGCCAGGCCUUCCGGAGGCUGGCGGACAGCAGCGGGCGGCUCCGGGUGCCCGUCGUCUUCCUGACCAACGCCGGCAACUGCCUGAGGUCGGCCAAGGCCCGAGAGCUCUCCCAGGCGCUGGGGCUGCAGGUGUCUCCGGAGCAGGUGAUCCUCUCCCACAGCCCCCUGCGGCUCUUCAGCCAGUUCCACCAGAAGUGCAUGCUGGUGGCCGGACAGGGGCCGGUGGAGGAGAACGCCCAGAACCUGGGGUUCAAGCACGUGGUCACCAUAGAAGCACUGAGGAAGGCGUAUCCCCUGUUAGACAUGGUGGAUCAGAGCCGGAGGCCAAAGGAGCCGCCUCCUCCAACCAUUGGCUUCCCCACUAUAGAAGGGGUGAUUCUGUUUGGUGAGCCAGUGAGGUGGGAGACAAGCCUGCAACUUAUUAUUGACAUACUCUUGAGCAAUGGAAACCCUGGGGCAGAGCUGCAAGAUAUACCAUACCCCCAUCUGCCUGUCCUCGCCUGCAACAUGGAUCUCCUGUGGAUGGCUGAAGCCAAGAUGCCCAGGUUUGGCCAUGGCACUUUCCUCCUCUGCUUGGAGAACAUCUACAAGAAAGUGACAGGCCGGGAGCUGAAGUACGAGGCCUUGAUUGGCAAACCCAGCACAGUCACCUACCGCUAUGCCGAAUACUUGAUAAAACAGCAGGCAGAGAAACAGGGCUGGAAGUCUCCCAUCCGACGCCUCUAUGCAGUUGGGGAUAACCCUAUGUCCGACAUCUACGGGGCAAACCUCUACAACAACUACCUCAAGUCAGCUCACCAGAACCAGGUCCAGGCUGGGGUGAAGAGGAGCCCGCAGGCAGCCAUUCCCCAAACUGAGGAUCACCUUGAGCUGAGGAAGGACUGCAGCAAUUCAGUGGAGAGUUGCAAGUCAAUUCUGGUCUGCACUGGGGUCUACCGCCACAAUGCAGAUGUUCCCAGUAACACGGAGGAGCGCACAACGGAGCUGGUGUUUCACGGCCAUCGGGACUUCUGCUUUGACCCGAGCCUGGUGGAGGCAUCUUACAUAGUGCAGGAUGUGAAUGAUGCUGUGCAGCUUGCUUUCAAGGAGGAGAACUGGAGCUAAGGUUAAAACAGAUGUACCUAAAGAUCUAUCAUCAGGGAUUUUAUGUACUGGAAAGGGAAGAGGGGAAGAUCUUCUAAUCUAGCCAACAUGAAAGAAAACUCCCUGUCUCAGCACUAAAAGCCCCUUGCUUUUAUUGAUACUCAUCUGCAAUCCUGACAGCUGCCAGCAGACUUUCAACUGUGAAUGUACAUUGCUGCCAUCAAUAAUUGAGCCAUAAUGGAAACAGGGUAUAAGGAGAAAGCAAUCCCAGUUUUGUUCAGCCAUCAGAGUUCCUUCUUUUCCACCCUUUCUGCAUGGUGAUCAGGCAAGCCCACCCUCCUCGAGAUGUGUUUGAGGAUGAAGCUCCACCCUGUUAAAGGAGCCACCAUCAGCCAACGUACCAUUUGUACAAUGGACUAUUCGUCCAGUCUAUGGCGUGAGCGCACCAGAAGCUGUGUUGUGGUGACACUCUGCCAAGGGAAGGCUUUAAGUCUUAACAUUCUCCUGAUGAAGAAUAAGUGCCUAUGGACUUUAACAAAUUCUAUUUGCUUGGGGAUUUGCAACAGCAUCACUGUCAGUCUGAAACAAAGUCCCAUUUUGCAGUCCUCCAGCAGCUAUGGAGAGGGCAGGGGCCCCUCAAAGGAAGCUGCAGUAGCCAGAACAACUUGCUGCAGGGUUGAAGGGAAAGUUACAUUAUUCCCUUCCCCCCUAUUUAGCAUUCUGUGAACACUUCUGUCUUUUCGCAUCCCACUAGGGAGCCAGCAGCCUGCUCUUAAUAGCAGAGGAAGCCACCACAGAGUCUGAAUUUCCAGAGGUGUCUUUGCUCCGAACUCAGUGUUGCAGCAAGAGGCUGUUUUGGCACUCACCCUGACCCCAAAUGCUGCAAGGGACAUCCACCUGCUCCAGCUGGCACAUCUGCCAAAGAGGGGCCCCUCUUUGGAACAAGGGCCAACCAAAAAGAGUCACAGCCCACCUUUGCUUCUUCCUUGCAUGCAAGAAUUGAAAGAGAUCAUCAAGCCAGGAUGGUACCUGAGCCCAAAUCCCCAGUCCUCAUCUUUAAGAGUACAAAUGUAUCUGUCUUUCACUUCCUUUUUUCCUCUCUUCCCCUCGUGUGGUUUGCAACACAGGGGUACCCCAUAUGGUCUGAUCUCUGCUCCCUCAUCUUCCUUUAGCAUGCAGGUAGAGUCCCCCUAACAUGAAUUAGCAGCUGGGACUUGCCUGCGCAGGAACAUUUCCGUAUCCCUAAUGACAUGCACCUUCCAUUGCCUCUGUUUUCCUGCUUGGGCUAUCCAGAGAAAGAUCAAGCCCCAUGUCUCCUUAGGCAGUCCGAAGAAGUUAAGCAAGCAUUGCUUGAGAAACUCCACGUGAAAGAUUGGUUCAACAAGGAAUGUCUUAAUUCCAGAGGAGCAUUGUGAUUUUAGAAGCAUAAAUCAGCCUGCAUAUGUGAUGGAAAGCCUUUGGAGCCAGCACAGCUGAGUUGGUGUUCCUAGUUAUGCUCAGCUCAUACCACACAGAGAUCAGAAAUAGGUCUGCUCUGCCUCCUCUUUCUUCCUUCCUGCUUUACCAGUCAGUUCAAUACACAGGGUACAAACAAGAUGUUCUGUGCAGAAGUUUGGGUUGUUCUUAAUUAAAAUCUCAGCAUCCAUGUGCGCUGACAUUUUGCUUCAGCAGCUCUCUAGCCUCUCGAUACUGAUGUAUCUUCCUAGGAAGGUCACACUGCAGGGCCGGCUCUUUUUUAUGUUAUGCCAGGCUCUGUGUCUGAAGGGGACUGGGUGCUCUGUCAGUGACUGAGGCAAAGGGGUCUUUCUCCGUGACUUCUUUCUC